CAGGCAGGGAGAGGGCUCAUGACAAUCCUUUUGUAAGCCAAAGUCGCAAACACUUCAAUGAAGUCUUGUAACGAAUUUCCUGAAACAAAACCACAGACGGACCCCAGUCCGGUCAAACUGCAUUAUGGGCCGUGUAAACUGUGGUUAAAGGAUACAGUAAGACCAAGACGUCUUAAAGAGGCCAGAUUGGUUAACCAGAAUCCCGAGUCUCUUGUUCAUUCUUGCCCACAGCUGUGAUUCAGGACUGUUGACUCUGCAAUAUGUAGGCUGGACAGGAUUGGUACAACGAAGAUGGAUCUGCGGUUACUUUUAAUAGCAACGUUAUCAGCGGUCCUCUGUGGCAGCUGGGCACAGCAAGAGGGAAGCGUAUGCAUCAAGGCAAACGCACAGUCGUGUGGGGAAUGCAUCCAGGUCGCCGAGACGUGUGGAUGGUGCGGAGAUGAAAAAUUCCUCACUGUGGGUGAGUCCAUGUCGGCUCGCUGUGAUGAUCUGGAGUCCCUGAAAAAGAGAAAUUGUGUCGUGGACAAAAUUGAGAACCCACGCGGAAGCAUCGACAUCAACAAGAACAAGCCAGUCACCAACCGCAAGAUGGACAGAGCUGAGAAGCUGAAGCCCGAGGAGAUCACCCAGAUCCAGCCGCAGAAACUCACUCUGACGCUCCGAUCUGGUGAGCCCCUGACUUUUAAGCUGAAAUUCAAGCGUGCUGAGGAUUACGCCAUCGACCUGUAUUACCUCAUGGACCUCUCCUUCUCCAUGAAAGAUGAUUUGGAAAACGUGAAGAACCUCGGCACUGACCUCAUGAGGGAAAUGCAGGAGAUUACCUCAGAUUUCAGGAUUGGUUUCGGCUCAAUUGUGGAAAAGACCGUCAUGCCUUACAUCAGCACCACGCCAGCCAGGCUCAUCAACCCCUGCACGGGGAACCAGAACUGCACCAGCCCCUUCAGCUACAAGAACGUCCUGACGCUGACGGACAAGGGAGACGAGUUCAAUCGCCUGGUCAGCCAGCAGCAGAUCUCAGGAAACCUGGACUCUCCAGAGGGGGGCUUGGAUGCCAUCAUGCAGGUGGCAGUCUGUGAGGACCAAAUCGGCUGGAGGAACGUGACUCGUCUGCUGGUGUUUUCCACCGACGCCGGUUUCCACUUUGCUGGAGACGGCAAACUGGGCAGCACCGUCCUGCCCAACGACGGGAGGUGUCACCUGGAGAACAACAUGUACACCAUGAGCCACUACUAUGACUACCCCUCCAUCGCCCACUUGGUUCAGAAACUGAGCGACCACAACAUCCAGACCAUCUUUGCCGUCACUGAGGAAUUCCAGCCCGUCUACAAGGAGCUGAAAAAUCUCAUUCCUAAAUCAGCUGUUGGCACACGGUCCUCCAACUCCAGCAACGUGAUCAAACUCAUUAUCGAUGCUUACAAUUCUUUGCCGUUUGAGGUCAUUCUGGAAAACGGCAGGCUGCCAGAGGGAGUUUCCAUCACCUACAAGUCCAUCUGUAAGAACGGUGUGGAGGGAACCGGGGAGAACGGCAGGAAGUGCUCCAACAUCUCCAUCGGGGACGAGGUGUCUUUCGAGAUUUCUGUUGAAUCCCAGAAGUGUCCUUCGAACGGCAAGCCUGAGAUCAUUAAAAUCAAACCGCUGGGCUUCACCGAGGAGGUGGAGAUAGUUCUGAACUUCAUCUGCGACUGUCAAUGCGCCGGCGAAGGAGAGCAAAACAGCGAGACGUGCCACCACGGCAACGGGACCUUUGAGUGUGGAGCCUGCAAGUGUAACGACGGACGUAUCGGGCGUGUUUGCGAGUGCAGCAAAGACGAAGUGCGGAUCGAGGAUCUGGAUGCCAACUGCCGAAAAGACGACGGUACGGAUAUCUGCAGCAACAACGGCGACUGCGUCUGCGGCACCUGCGAAUGCAAGAAGCGGGAGAAUCCUGCAGAGAUCUACAGUGGCAAGUACUGCGAGUGCGACAACUUCAACUGCGACCGCUCCAACAACAAGCUCUGCGGAGGACAUGGGCACUGCGAGUGCAGACAGUGCAUCUGUGACGCAAACUACACAAGCAGUGCCUGCGACUGCUUCCUGGAGACCGCCUCCUGCCUCGCCAAGAACGGGCAGAUCUGUAACGGCCGCGGUACUUGUGAAUGUGGAAUCUGCAGAUGCACCGACCCCAAAUUCCAGGGUCCGACCUGUGAGGUCUGUCCCACCUGCCCCGGCGUCUGCGCUGAGCACAAAGACUGCGUGCAGUGUCGAGCAUUCGAGACCGGCGAGAAGAAGGACACGUGUGAGCGGGACUGCAGCUACUUCCAGCUGAUCAAGGUGAAGGAUCGCGACAAGCUACCCCAACCCACAGACCAGAGCUUCCCACUGACGCACUGCAAAGAGCGAGACGCCAACGACUGCUGGUUCUACUACACCUUCGCCAUUAGGAACGACAACAAGGAGGUCUACGUGGUGGACUGCUCAAUGUAUCUUCAUCGGGGAACAAAUCCUCGACUUCGUAGCGCACAUCGUGGCAUCCUUACACAUGAUUUUGAAGAAAACUGUACUUGCGAUUUGGUUUAGUUUUAUAAUGCGUUUUAAGAUGCACAUUUAAUAUUAAGCCAUCCGCACUAUUGGGUCUUUUUCUCUUUGCUAAGUAUAACCUAUUUGUGUCCGGUGUUGUGGAAGUUUUCCUGCUUUACUCUGGAGAGAUGUAUAUAAAAUCAAAUACAUGGUGAUAGAGACAGAGUUGUCUUUGUGCAUUUAUUU